AUGAGUGAUGCUGGAUAUAUCGUCAUCUUACGACAAACUCUUCUCAUGGUUCGACAUUCUCCACUGGAGCGAGCAUCAGACAUCCUCGAUCCUUAUCCAACGAGCCAUUCGCCACACUCUCUGACAUGGCGAGACAGUCCUGUCAACACUGUCGAACCUGGCAAAAUUGCCACCGGAUCGUUGAGCGAUGCGCAAAAUCAUGCUAUCUUGGUUGCCGCACUGGCGUGUGCAAGUGUCAGUCUGGUCGUGGUUCUAGUCACCUUACGAUGGUUCCUCAUCAUGCGAAGGAGUUUCCGGCAUCGCUUGGUCUUGUAUCUCAUCAUCAGCGACACCUUCAAAGCAAUAUGGUACUUCGUCUUUCCAAUCGUGGUAUUCGCCAGAGGCCCAGUGAAGAGCAAUUCGAAUUUCUGCCAGGCCAGUGGAUUCCUGCUCGUGUUCGCAAUCGAGGCAUCCGACAUGGCCAUUCUCAUCAUUGCUCUACACUCCAUCCUCUAUAUUCUCAGACCCGGUAGCACAUUGGGAGAGGGAGGGCUCUAUCGGUACCGGCGCUGGACCUACAUCAUGUGGCUCGGCCCGCCGCUGUUGGCAGCAUCGUUAGCCUUCCUGGAGAGUAAGGACGCCUAUAUUACAGUUGGAACAUUUUGCUACCUCCCGAAACGGCCGUUCUGGUAUCGCCUCGCACUGUCCUGGGUCCCCAGAUACCUAAUCAUAGCUGUAAUUCUGAUCAUGUAUAUCUGGAUAUACAUUUACGUCCACAUCAAAUUUCGAGGUUUCGAUAACCUCGGCGCAUCGGACUCGUCCUACGAGUCUGGGAGACAACAGUCUUAUCAUUCGACCAGGUGUCGCAAGACCGAGAGGAGGGCGACUGACCGGGCACCGGCCAUGCCCUCGCAAGCCUCAAUAUCGCAUACCCAGAAUUCGUUUCUCGAAGCGGCUGUGGCACCUGACCAACGCCAACCCUGGGAUGACGUGAAUUUUAUUACUUCCAGACCGCUACAGAAUCUCGCUAUUGAGACUCAGCAAGGUUCCGAAGGGAGGAAUAUGCAAGCGCGAGGGAGUGUGUGGUCUGGUGAAACCCAACCGCCUCCAGAUCCGCCGCCGCCAUCGAUCCAUGAGCUCCAGGACAACUCAGCGGCGCCGCGAUCCCUGUCGGUCUCGAAGGACGAGACUCGGGGGACGCCUGCUGUCUACCCAGCAGCGUCGACGACGACUUCCAGUGGGCCCAGUGACCCGCUCAAAAGGACCAGAUUGGCGAUACGCAAGCAGCUGCGGUACUUGUUUAUCUAUCCUCUGGUCUACAUCCUCAUGUGGAGCUUUCCGUUCGCAUCGCACGCCCUGAGCUAUAGUACCUACUACGUCAACCAUCCUAUUUUCUGGCUAUCUUUGGUACAGACCAUCAUGCUUAGCCUUCAGGCCGGUGUGGACAGCAUUCUCUUCUCCUGGACGGAAAAGCCGUGGAGGCGAGUCGACUCGAAUUCCAAAUUCUCUAUUCCUUUCCUACGUCGGCAAAGCAAGACGUUAUUACAACGUGGCCGUCCAGCGAAACAAACUUGGCCAUCUACAGACGCAGUAGCGAUGCCACAGCCAACAGCCAGACAGAACCCGCACUGGUGGGAGGCCGAAGGCCGCCGGCGCAACGAUAGCGUCUGGCUUGGGACCAGCAGGCUAUCCGGCCUCUUCGCCCCUAUGAGCACUCGAGCACGAUCCAGAAGUCCAGAAAAGGUCAGAAGCCUUUUACAUUCGCGGACGCGGAGUUCUGAGCAGGGAGGUGCAUUUGUGCCCACGCUUGACACCAUUUUUACGGACACGCUGGAUGCACCGUCAAGGCGGACUAUGUCCCCCGUGGCAAUGGAAGGGUUAGUGGAAGUGCUCGAGUUGACUUACAAAGCAGAGCAACGUCUCAAUGAGCAGGAAAGUCCAACUUCACAAGUUUCGUACUUUUGA